AAAGAAAUAAAAGACAAGUUAAAAGAGGACCAAAUACCCAAGAAGGGUGAAGGAAGAAGAGAAGAAAGUCGAGGCGAGGAGGAGUCCAAAGCUGGCAGGUCGGAAGGAUUUGCAGGGGAGAAGGGGGGGGAAUAUUGGAAAUGCAGCUCUGGAGUUUGGUGCUGACUUUGGGGCUUCUCUGUGGAGCUCUGGCCAGCGGAGCCGAGUGUGGGAUGGACGAACGCUCACGCAGGGCUAGAAGGGACACGCGGCCGAGCCGCCACCUCCACUCGGCCGCUCCCGGCACCUGUGCCACCAGGUUAGCCCGCGGCCGGCACUCGCCCGCCGGCUGGGAACCUCUCCGUGCCCCCCGCAGGCGGCAGCAACGGGAGGUGAAGGGCGAAGAAGACUCCCUCAUCCCGAGCCGGGCGCUCUAUUUCAGCGGACAAGGAGAUCAGCUGAGGCUGAAAGCGGAUAUCGAGCUGCCCCGGGAUGCAUUCACGCUGCAAGUGUGGCUUCGAGCCGAAGGAGGACAGAGGUCCCCGGCUGUCAUUGCAGGACUGUAUGACAAAUGUUCUUACACCUCUCGUGACCGAGGAUGGGCCGUGGGGAUUCACACCAUCAGUGACCAGGGAAAUAGAGAUCCCCGUUUUUUCUUCUCCAUGAAGACAGACCGAGCUCGGAAGGUGACGACCAUCAACGCUCAUCGAAGCUACCUCCCCAGUCAGUGGGUGCACCUUGCUGCCACUUAUGACGGACGACUGAUGAAGCUCUAUGUGAAUGGUGCCCAGGUUGCAAUGGGUAGCGAGCAAGUUGGGGGAAUCUUUAGCCCUUUGACCCUGAAGUGUAAAGUGCUCAUGCUGGGUGGGAAUGCCCUCAAUCAUAAUUAUCGGGGUUACAUUGAGCAUUUCAGUCUUUGGAAGACAGCUCGAUCUCAAAAAGAGAUCUUAGUGGACAUGGGGCGGGCAGAUCACGGACCAGGCACCGUGCUACCUCAGCUUGUCAUUCAGGAGAACUUAGAGAAUGUGAGAAGCACGUGGUCUUCUAUGAAAGAUGGAAACAGCCCCCAAGUUGAAUUCAGUUACCACCAUGGUCUCCUGCUUGAUACUAGUCUGGAACCCCCUUUAUGUGGGCAGACCCUCUGCGACAACGUCGAAGUGAUCGCCAGCUACAACCAUCUCCCCAGUUUCCGACGUCCCAAACUGGUGCGUUACCGGGUGGUGAACAUCUACGAUGACAACCAUGAGAAUCCAACGGUCAGCCAACAGCAGAUUGAAUUCCAGCACCAGCAACUGACAGAGGCCUUUGACCGCUAUAAUAUCACAUGGCAGCUGGAAGUGCUGGAAGUGAGGAAUUCAUCGCUGCGUCAUCGUCUCAUUCUGGCCAACUGUGAUAUCAGCAAGAUCGGAGAUGAGAACUGUGACCCCGAGUGCAACCACACUCUGACCGGUUACGAUGGCGGGGACUGUCGGCACCUCCGACAUUCAACGUUCAGCAAGAAGAAGCAGAACGGUGUGUGCGACAUGGAUUGUAACUAUGAGAGAUACAACUUUGAUGGUGGGGAGUGCUGCAACCCUGAGAUUACUGAUGUCACCAAAACAUGCUUUGACCCAGACUCUCCUUACAGAGCCUACUUGGAUGUCAAUGAAUUGAAGAACAUUCUUAAGUUGGAUGGAUCCACACACCUUAACAUCUUCUUUGCAAACUCCUCAGAGGAGGAACUGGCUGGAGUGGCAACUUGGCCUUGGGACAAGGAGGCCCUGAUGCAUUUAGGUGGCAUCGUACUGAAUCCAUCUUUCUAUGGCAUCCUUGGGCACACCCACACAAUGACUCAUGAGAUUGGGCAUAGUUUAGGACUCUAUCAUAUCUUUCGAGGCAUAUCAGAAAUCCAGUCCUGCAGUGACCCAUGUAUGGAGACUGAACCUUCCUUUGAGACUGGAGACCUCUGCAGUGAUACCAACCCAGCUCCCAAGCACAAGUUGUGUGGGGACCCAGCACCAGGGAAUGACACAUGUGGCUUCCGAACCUUCCUCAACACACCGUACAACAACUUCAUGAGUUAUGCAGAAGAUGACUGCACCGACUCCUUCACGCCCAAUCAAGUGGCGAGAAUGCACUGCUACUUGGAUCUCGUCUACCAGAGCUGGCAGCCUGCCAAGAAGCCUGCUCCCAUAGCCCUGAUGCCCCAGAUUGUAGAUCGGACGCCCACCUCGGUCACCCUGGAGUGGUUUCCACCCAUUGAUGGCCACUUCUUUGAAAGAGAAGUGGGAUCAGCAUGUGAUCUCUGUCUGGAAGGGAGAGUCCUGGUUCAGUACGCCUUCAAUGCCUCCUCACCCAUGCCAUGUGAUCCAUCUGGUCACUGGAGUCCCCGAGAAGCAGAAGGUCACCCAGAUGUAGAACAGCCCUGCAAGUCAAGCGUCCGGACAUGGAGCCCCAAUUCUGCUGUUAAUCAUCACACAGUACCCCCAGCCUGCCCAGAGCCCCAGGGAUGCUACCUAGAACUGGAAUUUCAAUACCCAUUGAUUCCUGAGUCACUCACUGUAUGGGUGACCCUUGUCUCCACAGACUGGGAUUCUAGUGGUGCUGUGAAUGAUAUCAAACUACUGACUCUGAGUGGAAAGAACAUCUCAUUGGGACCACAGAAUAUUUUCUGUGAUAUCCCAUUGACUAUCAAGAUCCGAGAUGUAGGUGAAGAGGUAUAUGGCAUCCAGAUCUACACUCUGGAUGAACACCUAGAAAUUGAUGCAGCCAUGCUGACUUCUAUUCCUGAGAGCCCUCUGUGUCUGGACUGUAAGCCCCUCAAGUACAAAGUUCUCCGGGAUCCACCAUUCCAGUCUGAUAUCCCCAUUGUCAUCUCUAACCUCAACAGGAGAUACAUAGAUACGGAGCUGAGCCAUGGAAGUACAUAUAAGUACCAGAUUGUCACCAUUUCUGGUACUGAGGAGAGUGAGCCUUCACCUGCAGCCAUAUAUAUACAUGGAAGUGGCUACUGUGGAGAUGGAAUCAUACAAAAACACCUGGGAGAAGAGUGUGAUGAUAUGAACAAGAUGAAUGGAGAUGGAUGUUCUCUCUUCUGUAGAAAGGAACUGUACUUCAAUUGCAUUGAUGAGCCCAGUCGAUGUUAUUUCCAUGAUGGAGAUGGAGUUUGUGAGGAGUUUGAGCAAAAGACCAGCAUUAAAGACUGUGGAGUUUACACACCAAAAGGUUUCCUGGAUCAGUGGGCAUCUAAUGCUUCCGUCUCCCAUCAGGACCAGAAGUGCCCAGGUUGGGUUAUCAUUGGCCAACCAGCUGCAUCACAGAUGUGUCGAACCAAAGUGGUGGACUUGAGUGAAGAGGUGUCUCAACAUGCAUGGUAUCCUUGUACAAUCAACUACCAAUAUUCAUAUAUGAUGCAGACCACUUUCUGGCUCAAGGCUUUCUUUUCCCAGCCAAUGGUAGCCACAGCAGUUAUUGUCCAUCUGGUGACUGAUGGGACAAACUAUUUGGACCAGAAACAGGAGACGAUCAGUGUUCAGCUGCUGGACACUAAAGAGCAAAAUCAUGAUUUGGGUGUCCAUGUUCUAAGCUGCAGGAGCAAUCCCCUGAUUAUCCCGGUGAUCCAUGACCUCAGCCACCCCUUCUACCACAGCCACGCUGUCCUUGUGAGUUUCAGCUCACCACUGGUUGCCAUCUCUGGGGUGGCCCUGCGUUCCUUCUACAACUUUGACCCCAUCACCAUCAGCAGCUGUCAGAGAGGGGAGACCUACAGCCCGGCUGAGCAGAGCUGUGUCCACUUCUCCUGUGAAGCCACUGACUGCCAAGAGCUGAAUAUUGAGAAUGCAUCCCUGAAUUGCUCCAACAGUGAACGGUACAAUGGAGCUCAGUGCACUAUCAGCUGCAAGAUGGGUUACGUUUUGCAAAUUCAUCGAGAUGAUGACCUCAUCAAGAGUCAGUUAGGAUCUAGUGUCACUGUUACCUGCACUGAGGGCAAGUGGAACAAACAAGUGUCAUGUGAACCUGUGGACUGUGGCAUUCCUGACCAGUAUCACGUCUACCCAGCCACAUUCUCCUGUCUUGAAGGUACCACAUUUGGCAAGAAAUGUUCCUUCCAGUGCCGUCCCCCAGCUCAGCUAAAAGGAAACAAUAGCUUCCUGACAUGUAUGGAAGAUGGGUUGUGGUCCUUCCCGGAGGCACUUUGUGAACUGAUGUGCCUGGCCCCACCCAUUGUGCCCAAUGCUGAUCUCCAGACUGCUCGGUGCCGGGAGGACAAACACAAAGUGGGCUCCUUUUGCAAGUUCAAGUGCAAACCAGGCUACCACGUGCCUGGCUCCUCUCGGAAGUCAAAGAAACGGGCUUUCAAGAUCCAGUGUACCCAAGAUGGCAGCUGGCUAGAGGGAGGCUGUGUACCUGUAACAUGUGAUCCACCCCCACCCAAGUUCCAUGGGCUAUACCAGUGUACUAAUGGUUUCCAAUUCAAUAGUGAGUGCAGAAUCAAGUGUGAGGAGAGUGACAUUUCUUCGGGUCGUGGAAGUAAUGUGAUUCAUUGUCGAAAGGAUGGCACUUGGAGUGGUUCCUUUCAUGUCUGCAAAGAGAUGCAGGGCCAGUGUUCCCUACCUGAUCAACUCAACAGCAAUCUCAAGUUGCAGUGUUCUGGUGGCUAUGAAAUAGGAGCAGAGUGUGCCACCUCGUGCCUGGACCACAACAGUGAAUCCAUCAUUCUGCCCAUGAACAUGACCCUCCGAGACAUCCCCCACUGGAUGAACCCUACACGAGUGGAGAGAGUUGUCUGCACGGCUGGACUCAAGUGGUAUCCUCACCCAUCUUUGAUUCACUGUGUAAAAGGAUGUGAGCCUUUCAUGGGAGACAACUACUGUGAUGCCAUCAACAACCGAGCCUUCUGCAACUAUGAUGGGGGUGAUUGUUGUGCCUCUACAGUUAAGACUAAAAAAGUCACCCCCUUUCCUAUGUCCUGUGACCUACAAGGAGACUGUGCUUGCCGAGACCCGAAGGCCCAAGAGCACAGUCGAAAGGACCUCCGGGCCUACAGUCAUGGCUAA